CGGACGGUAAAGUGGGAAAACGUGAAGUUAUUGAUGUUAUUUUAUUCUACACAGUUGUUUGUAUUGUUUGAAACAGAGUUCCAACAAUGUUAGCUCAAAUUUUAAGCGCUAUACUACUUUUUACUUUGGGCCUACAUGUAAAUUGCGUGCCCGUGAAAAGAUCACUCUUUGAUAUAUCCCCAUUUCAAAUUAAAUUUUCUCCGAAUCUACAAACGACCAAUCCUAACAGCAGGCAAUCGAAUAAUCCACUGUUUCCUGUUCCAGAUUUUCAGGCACCAUUUCAGUUUGCUGGUAAAAUCUUUAACAACAACAAUAAUAAUUUUUUGCCGAGACGAUAUUAUGACGCCUCUGAGAAUUCUUUGAACGGUCGUGUUCAAAUGAAAUACAAAAUGAGCGUGAAUUUCAAUCCAGCUAAUGAGGAACCAGGAAAAGAACAUACAACAAACACAGCAUUGUCUGAAACGACUACUUUAUUGACGGAAAACGAAAUCCUUUUGGCUGGUCAUUUUUACAAAGAUAACAAUGAUGUUACUCCACAAAACACGGAUAGUACCAGUGAUUCUGACACCACAGAAUCCACUACAGAAUUCGAAACUACUACCACCGAUGACCUUUUGAACCGUAUGGCAAUUCCAUCAUCAGUGCUUGCAUCUCUUGCAGGAUAGUGAGAUUUAGAGGAAGU